CUAAUCUUUAUAUCAUCAAUGACAACGAAACAUAAUUAACUGUAGGUAACGUAAGCUUGAUUAUAUAGAUAAAGUUUUAGGCUAAAAUGAAAAGGUUUCUGAAGACGCUAUUUCCCAUUUUGUUUUUACUUGGUGUUUCCAGCAACGAAAUAAUUAAAUUCGAACAUGAAAAUCAUAUUUUGUGUAUCACAGAUGACGCAGAAUCACUAAUCUACUUAAAACCACCAUUAGUAACGAAAACGAGAAAUACAUCAAUUUUAAUUGAGAAUGACGUAAUAUGGGAUGACUGGUCUUUAAAAUCGUCGACAGAAGUCGUAGUACCAGCUGUUCUGGAUAAAAGAUGGGAAGAUCUAGAAACGAGUUACACUGAUUCUUUCCAUUACGAAUCAGUGUCAUCCAUAUCAUUUUCAGUAUCUGGUGGCACUAAUCUCACCAUAGUCAUUAGUGAGCCUCCACCAGCUUUAUCAAAAGCAGCAAGGGAUAUUUCUAUCGACUGGGUUCAUUACACCAUGCCUUCAGUGAAUGAGAAUGCAACUGAAUUUGUGCAAUUUCAAAUUAAUGCUACUUCUUCGGAACAAACUUACUUUAAAAUACAUGAUUAUAAACUGAGAUGGGCCGACACUGUUUCAGAAACACCGACACGUAUAUCGAUCUCUCACACAGAAAUACCUUGUUUUAUGUUGUACACUUAUGUUGGUUUUUACUGUACUUUACAAGUUAAUAUAACACGCGAAUCUGUACAGUCCUUCUCUCGAAAAAGUCGAUGGCAAUAUCUUAAAUAUGAGCCGAAAACUGAUGUUGAGAUAAAAUUCUUGAGGGAAACCACAAACGGAGAUACGAAAGGGCAGUGGGCAGUGGAUAUUAGACAGUGUCCACCCACGGUAGAUAACAAAACAAUUUAUGAAAUUUCUUUGGAAGACGAUGUGGAAAAAGGGGAGGAACGUCGGUGCGUUGCUGGUACGACAACAACGAAGCAAAACAAUAUUAGACAAUUUCCAAGUGUCAAAAUAAAUGACGAUGCAUUUAGUUGCAAUCCUGGAACCGUAGGAAGGAACUGUGAUAUUAAUUGCACAAAUUUUCUGGGAUCAGAUAAAAGUUAUUGUGAGCAACAUAAAAUCUGUGAUGAUACUUACUCAGUUUCUGAAUGUUUUUGUUCCUGGGGCUACGAAGGAGAAACGUGUAAUAAAACAUGCUCGAACGGAAAAUGGGAUUUAUCUUGCCGUGAAACAUGUAAAAAUUGUGAUAUGUGUAAUGCGAAAACGGGACAAUGCACUAGUUCCGCGCUAAGCAAUUUUAGGACAGCCGGCGGACUACUUCUUUUGGGAAUGAUAUUUAAAUUUUUGUAACAGUAUGCAAACUUGUAUUUGUCAAACUAAAUAUGCAUGCAUGUGUUUUAGUAAUAUAACUCUGAAUAAACUAAUCAAAUAUUUGUGGUAA